CUCUUUCGUCGGUUUUCUCAACGCUCUGUACAUUUCAUUGAGUUGAAGCUUGAUAACAGUGGAAAAAUGGCGACUGCCCUAGCCCGUAUCUCUAGAAAAGCACUAACCUCCACGAUCUCCCCACAGCGCCACCUCCUUAACCGAUCGUUUUCCGCUGAGGCAUCAACCAAAUCGAUUACUCCGUCGCCGGAUCGAGUGAAGUGGGACUAUCGAGGUCAGAGGCAGAUAAUCCCGUUGGGCCAGUGGCUCCCGAAGGUAGCCGUUGAUGCUUAUGUUGCACCAAAUGUUGUUCUAGCGGGUCAAGUCACCGUAUGCGAUGGAGCUUCAGUUUGGAGCGGAUCGGUCCUGCGAGGCGAUCUCAACAAGAUCACCGUCGGAUUCUGCUCCAAUGUGCAAGAGAGGUGCGUCGUUCAUGCUGCUUGGAACUCGCCAACAGGACUGCCGGCAGAGACAUCCAUUGAAAGGUUUGUAACUAUUGGUGCAUAUAGUCUCUUGAGGUCCUGCACAAUUGAGCCAGAGUGUAUCAUCGGACAACACUCUAUCCUUAUGGAAGGUUCUUUGGUGGAGACACAGUCAAUCCUUGAAGCAGGGUCUGUUGUUCCCCCAGGGAGGAGAAUCCCAACUGGUGAACUUUGGGCAGGAAAUCCAGCAAGGUUUGUGAGGGUUCUUUCUCAUGAAGAAACACUAGAAAUACCUAAACUUGCUGUCGCAAUUAACGAUCUUAGCAAAAAUCAUUUCUCAGAGUUUCUCCCUUACUCAACAGUAUAUUUAGAGGUUGAAAAGUUGAAGAAGAAAUUGGGUAUUUCUAUCUGAUUCUCCUGACUGUUAUGUUUUUGUGUACCGGUUAAUGGCAAGGGAAUAAAUAGCUCAAGAACAUGUUAAGGGAAAUUCCCAUGUUUCUUUUAUUUGUAUUUGAUUUUGUUGGCUGUUGAAAAAAGAGUUAUGAAUUUCAAUCAAAUGGGUGAUAUUAGUCACUGGGGAAAAUUUCAUUUUUUCUGUAUGUCCUACACUUUGUGUGCAAAGCUCACUGAAUUUGGCUGUGCUCGACCUCAA